AUUUUCUGGUUUUUAGUUUGCACUAUAAGGAAAGAAAGGAAAACACCCUACAUUGUGUUUUGGUUUCACUGCAUUAGCUUCUUUUGGCAUAUGUAGGAUAGUUGCUAUGAUAUAUAACUCACAUAUUCUCAACAAACCAAGAAAAACACCAUAAAUCUUCUUGCAAAGGUUAUUUUCCAUCAUUCCCUCAGAAUUGAAGGAAAGUUUAAGUGUAUAUACAGAGUGUAUGAUACAGAAUUAAGGUGAAAAUCAUUUAUAUUGCUUUGUUUUUUGAACUAUGAAAAGGUGAAAAUAAUUGGAGUAAAGAAGGAAUGGUAGACCAGAAUGAGAUGGCUGGAGACGAACACUAUAAUAAUUGGGUGGCCACAAACUUUGGAAAUGGGAAUUGGAGCGCCGAAAACCAAGGGAUGGACAGAAAUGUAAUUUCGUUACUCCUUCCUCCGGCGAUGCCGGAUGUCGCCGGAAGUUCGAUUCCGAUCAACCAUAACAGAGUUGAACAAUUUCACGAGAAUGAUCAGUUUCUUCUUCAAAACCACCGGCCUUCUUUCCCCUCCUACUAUUCUCCUUCCUCUGUUUUCAACCCAUUCAGCGGGUUGCCGGUCGAAAUGAUGAGCAGCAGAAAGUGGGAUUUCAACCAGAACGCUUCAGGCGGUCGUGAUAUUCACUAUGGCGCUUCCGGCGGCGGCGGAGGUUCGCCGUCAAGAUAUACUGCGGGAAGUAGCAGCCAGCUGUCCCUUACGCUCACUGCUCCGACCGGUCAUUGUCACGAGGAACAUGAAGAAGGAUCAUCGCCGUCGUCAACGACGUAUCUCGCGGUGGUCCAAGAGAUGCUGUCUGAAAUCGCGAAAUAUUCGGUUCAGAAUGUGGAUCCUUCGACAUUAUUAUUAAGCUGCCCAGCUGAUGAUGGCGGCGGCGGCGGAUCUUCCCAUCCUUUUUGUGGACCCCCCACAGCGAUCUCUCCCGCCGACGCUGAAUCUAAGCGCAAGCAUCUCCUUGCUCUGUUACAAGCGGUAGAUGAUCGGUACAGCCGGUGCUUGGAGGAGCUACAUAUGGUGGUUUCAGCAUUCCAUGCUGCAACUGAUCAUCCCACUACCGCUACUACUACUACUACUUCACGCCGCCGCCCUCAUUUCGCUCUUCAAACCGUCUCUUUCUUGUACAAAAACCUCAGGGAGAGAAUCGGGAAUUUUAUACUCGCCGUGGGAGAACAGUGUGGCAGUUCGAGCAACCACGGCGGCGGCGGUGUGACGGAGGAGGAGCGGUCGCCAGAGGCGUCUCUCAUCCAGAAGCAGUGGGCGGUUCAGCAGCUGAGGAAGAAAGAGCAGCAGCACAAUCACUUGUGGAGACCCCAAAGAGGACUGCCCGAAAGAUCCGUCGCUGUUUUGAGGGCUUGGAUGUUUCAAAACUUUCUUCAUCCGUACCCAAAGGACACAGAGAAGCACUUGCUUGCGGUAAAGAGUGGACUAACAAGGAGUCAGGUGUCGAAUUGGUUUAUAAAUGCAAGAGUUCGUCUGUGGAAACCAAUGAUCGAGGAAAUGUACGCUGAGAUGAACCGAAGGACUCUUCACCACACUUUGGAGGAAAUCAAUAGUAAUGCCUAUGCCAACCAAAUUUGUUAGCUGCCUAACCUAAUUAUCCACAUAUAGGCAAGCUAGCUAGGGAAAUUCUCCUAUGUAUAACAAUCCAACUUGAGGUACACAUUUUCAUACACACCUACACACUCAUGUUUGUGAAGAGUAUUUUUUUGUCUGUAUAUAGACAUAACACAUUUUCAAAUACGUUAUGUCUGUAUACAGACAAAAAAAUGUUCUUCACAAACAUGAAUGUGUAGGUGUGUGUAUGAAAAAUGUGUACCAAUAGAUUUUUUGUAUGGAUAAUGAUCGAAGCUGCAUGUACGUACAUAUUCUAUACAUAUUAGCUAGGUAUCAUGGAUUGAGUGGAAAAUAUAUAUAGUUUUAACCUAUGUUGCAC